AUGUCAGAUGAAAAUGGUGUGAAUUCGCCCUCACCGGAGAUUCAGGAGCUUCAGGCGGAGGUGUUCUUGUCAUGCCGAAGCUCUCGUGCAGAGAGUGAGGCUCCACACCGGACACGUGAAUCAUUGCUACGUUCGCCACGGUCAUGUCGCUCCUCUUGCGCGGGCAGUGAGGUGCCGCAACGACGUCGUGAGGGACGCUCCUUGCAGAGUUCUCCUGCAGCCACACCGAGACUAGACGAGGGAACAUCAGAGAUCGUUGACGCGGUGGACGGCAGAUCAGCAAAUAUCUUUGGCAGCAACCGCACAGGGCAGUACGGAUUUGGGGCAAACAAUACACAUUCAGCCUUGGCAGGAGCUGUUGGAAGCAGAAACACCGUGAAGGCACGGGUGCCCAAUUACACUGCCAAUGCCAAAGAAGCAGAUGAAAUGGAAUUGGCUUUACACCAUUCUGUGCCCUUUGCAGGCAAAUCAUUUAAAUUGCUGCAAAAAUUACACUAUCCAUUGGAUAUGCCAGAAACAUUAGUGAAUGACUGUGGCGGAAGUUUAGUGCGAGAAGCUGUUGAUGAUGAUGCUGUAUAUGAGGCAACGGGAGAACUUCACGCCACUGACAGUCUGGAGGAUGGAGUCACCCGCAGUGUUGUGAGGAAUGAUAUUGGGACUGUAGAGAGCUGCAUCAGCACAAUGACGAUGUGUAUGAUGCCUGACCCUGUUCAUGGCUCUCCUAUUCUUGCCCUCUGCAUUGGUGACGCAAAUGGGCGCGUCACUUAUUCGGAACUAGAUGUGUGUCACACAACGCGUACACAAUCCCCGAUGACGCAUGUGCAAAAGAGCAAGUCUAACGCCACCCUUGGGAGUCGCAGUCAAACCGACGCUGAUUUGAUGAGUUAUAGCACAUCGCUUCCCUCAGAUAAUUCUAUGUUGUACCGUGAUCUUGCGGGGUUUCAUAGGCCGCCGGUGCGAAAGCACAGUCAUCAGGCGUAUGUGCGGGAAAUGGAUUGUCUCACCUCGGUUACCAUUUCCCAAGCCGUCAAGGUUGUUCGUUUUCUGUUGCCUCAAGCGUCUCCACAUACAGUAAGCUACUUGACUGCAAAUGAGGGGGUCAUCAAGCUGUUUCGGGUUCAGCGCGAGGGAGUUGCACCGUUUCAUGUGUUUCCCUCCAUGGAGGCAGUGGUGGGGAGGCAGCUCGCUCAAACACGCUAUUUCUCUCGUGCCACACCUUCACCGCCCAUUCUUCCUGCGCGCGUUUUUGCAGGGUGCCACACUAGUCCUGUGCAAGACCUUAGCGUUUGCGCGGAUGGUCAUUCCUUUCUGAGCGCCGAUGACCUGCAAGUUUUUUGGUGGAACUUGGAAAGUUGCGAGCCUUCAAAGGGGGUGUGCGUCACGGACUGCCGGCCUCCGUCAGGGUGUAUGGACGACUUGGAGGAAUUGGUCACUUCCGUUGCUUUUAGCCCUACGCACUGCUCCCUGUUCUUGGUUGGUAAGAACUCUGGAGUCCUCGGCAUAGGGGACCUGCGCAAGACAAGUUCACGCUCGCAAUGUCAGUAUGCCACCUCCAUUCGCGUUGUGGAGGACGCCACACUUUCCAAGUAUGAGGCGUACAGUGAUGUUCUUUGUAGUAUAUCUGGCGCUAAUUUCGUGGGCGCUCACUAUAUUGUGAGCCGUGACUAUCUUUCAUUGAAACUCUGGGAUCUGCGUCGACCAGAUGUGCCUUGCUCCACUGCGCCUGUUAUGGAUUACAUUUCACCGUACUUGGAUUUACUUUUUGAGAACGAGGCCAUAUUUGAUCGCUUUCCCAUUGUGGUGGAUCAUAUUUCUGGCACCGUUGUCACCGGGUUGUACGACGGUGCAGCAGCGGUCUGGCAACCUCUUCUUGGGGGUCAUGUGACUGGGGAAGAUGUCUUGGCAUAUUACCGUGUGGACCCUCAAGCACUAGUUUGCGAAGUGGAGAAUGGCGGUCGCACGACUCUCGUCGAGCUGAGUGCUGCCUUUGAACGGGGGUGGAAGCUGCCAGCUGCGAAGGACAAUAACGGGACGAUGCCCAAUGGACUGCCUACGCCUCUUGCCAACAGGGUGAUGUGUACAACCAUUGCCGAUGGAGGGGAGCGGUUUGCCUUGACGUUUAAAGACGAACGGAGCAUUGCUAUUUUUGAGCGGAAUUCCUUCUGCGAUGCUUUAUGA